CAAUGCGCUUUGGAACGUAUUGGCAUAUUGUUCAACGCGUGCUCUGUGCUCAUAUUGUUCCUGAACGCGCUUUGGAACGUAUUGGCAUAUUGCGAAGAAAAGAGAUUCGAAUUAGACUAUAAAACAUUAAAAAGGUAAGAGAUUUUAACCUUAUAAAUUGUCCUAAUAUUGUAAAGUUGGCUACGGCUUGAUAUUUUUUAUUGACUAUUAAUGUAGUGCGAAGAUCAUUAUUGGUGGUAUUGGAUCAUUAUUGGUAAAAGGUACGAGAUAUCAACCGAUAUUCUGUUUUUCAAUAAGCGCAAGAUUGGCAGUUGUUUGUUGUUUUGCCUGAUUUUUUAGUGUAAUUUGUUUCGCUAUAUACACCGUGUAAUAUUAGCGCAGUUGGUGGCUGGAUAUUUGGUUUAGCAUUUCGUGCGACGUGUGACAGAUAGUAUUUGUAUGUGGCGUAUUUGAAAUAUAUCGUUUAUUGUUUUGCUUGCUUCGAUUUGUAAACUAUUUUUAAUCAGUUUAAGGUUUUAAGAUAUAGAAAAACAUUUUACUUUGGCCCGUUAAAAAUUGUUUUCGGCGUAUUUGAGCCUCGUGUUCAGUUGGUGUCUUUGCUCGCCUGACGCCUCGUGCAAAAUGUUACUAUUAGACUAUAUAAAUUGUCCUAAUAUUGUAAAGUUGGCUAUGGCUUGAUAUUUUUUAUUGAUUUUCAAUUUGUUUGACUAUUAAUGUAGUACGAAGAUCAUUAUUGGUGGUACUGGAUCAUUAUUGGUAAAAGGUACGAGAUAUCAACCGAUAUUCUGUUUUUCCAUAAGCGCAAGAUUGGCAGUUUGUUGUUUUGCCUGAUUUUUUAGUGUAAUUUGUUUCGCUAUAUACACCGUGUAAUAUUAGCGCAGUUGGUGGCUGGAUAUUUGGUUUAGCAUUUCGUGCGACGUGUGACAGAUAGUAUUUGUAUGUGGCGUAUUUGAAAUAUAUCGUUUAUUGUUUUGCUUGCUUCGAUUUAUAAACUAUUUUUAAUCAGUUGAAGUUUUAAGAUAGAAAAACAUUUUACUAGCUUUGGCCCUUUUAAAAUUUUGGCGUAUUUGCGUGCCUCGUGUUCAGUUGGCUUUGCUCGCCUGACACCUCGUGCGAAAUAUUACUAUUAGACUAUAAAACCUUAAAAAGGUAAGAGAUUUUAACCUUAUAAAUCGUCCUAAUAUUGUAAAGUUGGCUAUGGAUAUUUUUUAUUGUUACCAAUAAUGAUCCUGUACCACCAGGCGAUCUUCGCACUACAUUAAUAGUCAACAAAUUGAAAAUCAAUAAAAAAUAUCAAGCCAUAGCCAACUUUACAAUAUAAGCCAUAGCCAACUUUACAAUAUUGUCCUAAUAUUGUAAAGUUGGCUAUGGCUUGAUAAUUUUUAUUGAUUUUCAAUUUGUUUGACUAUUAAUAUAGUGGGAAGAGUCACUAUUGGUGCCUGGUGGUACUGGAUCAUUAUUGGUAAAAGUGUUACGAAAGUAUUAAAAAUAGUAUAAAAAUAGUUCAAUUUGCACCCCAGGUAAUUAUAAAAUACUAAUUACGUCGAAUGGAGAGAUAAUGAGCAUUUUUAACGAAAAAUAAACGGAUUAAGUAAAUCUCAUUUCGGACUUGAGCAAAAAUGUCAAUUAUCUGUCCAUUAGGCAAGAUAGAUAAUUCGUCAAACUGUCAAAGUUGACCGAUAACCUUGCAUGGUGGCCUGUUGUGUUUACAUAAUUCAAGUCCGGUGCCUGGUGGUACUGGAUCAUUAUUGGUAAAAGAGUCACGAAAGUAUUAAAAAUAGUAUAAAAAUAGUUCAAUUUGCACCCCCAGGUAAUUAUAAAAUACUAAUUACGUCGAAUGGAGAGAUAAUGAGCAUUUUUAACGAAAAAUAAGCGGAUUAAUUAAAUCUCAUUUCGGACUUGAGCAAAAAUGUCAAUUAUCUGUCAUUAGGCAAGAUAGAUAAUUCGUCAAACUGUCAAAGUUGACCGAUAACCUUGCAUGGUGGCCUGUUGUGUUUACAUAAUUCAAGUCCAAGGCUGGCCCUUCAUUGACCGUGAAUGAGUGCAUGCUUAGGCCGUUUCUGUCAAUCAUUCUUUGGUAUAUUUCGCGCGGUUGAGUAAUGAUUACGUCAUUAAAAUCUUGGUUCAAUAAAAUUGUAAGUAAAUUUAGUUUAGUAUAUAUCGUUUAUUGUUUUGCUUGCUUCGGUUUAAGGUUUUAAGAUAUAGAAAAACAUUUUACUUUGGCCCGUUAAAAAUUGUUUUCGGCGUAUUUGAGCCUCGUGUUCAGUUGGUGUCUUUGCUCGCCUGACGCCUCGUGCAAAAUGUUACUAUUAGACUAUAUAAAUUGUCCUAAUAUUGUAAAGUUGGCUAUGGCUUGAUAUUUUUUAUUGAUUUUCAAUAGAGAGGACGGUGAUGCUGAAGGCUUGCCGAACACAGAAAAAGUCGAAUGCCCUGCAGAAGGAGUUUCAUCUCUUCAGCGCUUUUCUUCCUGCAAAAAGUGCCAAACGAAACUAAUUCGAAAUGAUGAAAAACAAUUGGUUAAAUGCGCAGAGUGUGGUUUGGCGCAAUUAUUCCACAAAUGCCAGCGGCGUUUAAUCGCAAACGUCAUGUUCUUGAAGGCGGGAAAUACAAUAUCUCUGCUUCUGUUUGAAGACAAACUCAAACAACUGUAUCAUAUUUACACAAGUCAAGUCGCUGGAGGUUCCACGGAAAGCUUUGAAUCGUUAGAUGACGAUUCUAUAAUAGAAUUUCUGUUAACCGUUGAAGCUACUGUGUGCCACAACACCAAGAAAAACGUUGUUUCGGUGGACAAAAAAAAACUGACAAAUAAGAAAAUAGUUAAGUGCUUGGACAAUUUAGUGCUCACAUACAAUUGUGCUUGGACACAUUAUUUCUUAUUUUGUUUCAAGUUAUGUUAGAUUAGUAUAUUAACCUUGUUCAUUGAAAUAUUUCACCUCUUAGAGUUCCACAUAUCUACUUUUUAAUAUUAUACAACUUUAAUAUACAACCUUACAGAUCGUACUUUUGUUAGGUGCUUAUCAUCACUAUUUGCUUUUAAUGCCCGCAGCAAUCCCUACCUUGCAGGUACCCUAGUUUACAUUAUAUUAUGUUAUAUUCUGUGAAGGCUACGCUAUCAAAAUACUCUAAAAUUGAAAUGCUAAAAUUGAAACGGAGUCAUUCUACUCACACUGAUUAUAUUGUAUGCAAAACUUAAAUAACAUGAAAUAUACUAAAUAACAUGAAAUAUAUUUAUAAAAAUAUCAAACAAAAUUCUCAUUAAUACUAUUGAAAUUUAAUACAACGAAAUAUAGCAUUCUACGUCGAUAAUUUCAAUCAUAGUUUAAUAAUUAUUUUCAAUCUACAGUCAUUCUUCAUCGUUUCCAUGUUUUUUAUACUUUCAAUAAAGCUACAAUAAAGCUAAAUUUGUAAGAAAUAACACUAUUAUUUCGUUAUAAAAUAGUAUAAAAGGAAAUCUAACAGUCAAUCGCUUUCGACCUUGACCAUGUUUAAUUGUUUAUAUUACCGUCGUUUGCAACUAACGACGAACAGUCGCUCAUAAAAACAUCGCUAUUCGCGUGAGGAUCUUAAGUUUCCUUAUUUUGACAUAAUAGCUAUUUUUCAAUAAAUAUAUUGAUAUUUAACUUAUAUUGAAUCAAUAUUUUAAGUUUCAGGCCAUGUCGGAGACUGUCUAUAUAUAUCUUAAUAUUUGUGAUUUAAUAGCAGGAUUAAUUAUUACUUUAAUUAGGGACGAACAUUGCAUGAUUGACACAUUUAUAUUAUUAUGAAGAGGAGUUAAAAGAUAGGAAUGUAGUGACUGUGGGACUGUGAGAGAGACUAGACCGCGUAUACAACUGUGAGUGAUUUUCAAUAAUAUAAUUUUAUAAAACCGAAUUUGCUUCGUCGAGAG